UGCCGCUGUCGCUCCGGGGCUGCGGGAUGACGCCUCCUCCUCCCGGACGUGCCGCCCCCAGCGCACCGCGCGCCCGUGUCCUCAGCUUGCCGGCUCGGUUCGGGCUCCCGCUGCGGCUGCGGCUGCUGCUGCUGUUCUGGGUGGCCGCCGCCUCCGCCCAAGGCCACUCGAGGAGCGGACCCCGCAUCUCCGCCGUCUGGAAAGGGCAGGACCAUGUGGACUUUGGCCAGCCUGAGCCACACACCGUGCUCUUCCAUGAGCCGGGUAGCUUCUCUGUGUGGGUGGGCGGACGUGGCAAGGUCUACCGCUUCAACUUCCCCGAGGGCAAGAACGCCUCUGUGCGCACGGUGAACAUUGGCUCCACAAAGGGGUCCUGCCAGGACAAACAGGACUGCGAGAAUUACAUCACUCUUCUAGAAAGGCAGGGUAAUGGGUUGCUGGUCUGUGGCACCAAUGCCCGGAAGCCCAGCUGCUGGAAAUUGGUGAAUGACAGUGUGGUGGUGUCGCUUGGUGAGAUGAAAGGCUAUGCCCCCUUUAGCCCGGAUGAGAACUCCCUGGUUCUGUUUGAAGGGGAUGAAGUGUACUCUACAAUCCGGAAGCAGGAGUACAAUGGGAAGAUCCCUCGGUUCCGCCGUAUCCGGGGCGAGAGCGAACUGUAUACAAGCGAUACUGUCAUGCAGAACCCACAGUUCAUCAAGGCCACCAUGGUGCACCAAGACCAAGCCUAUGAUGAUAAGAUCUACUACUUCUUCCGGGAGGACAAUCCUGACAAGAACCCCGAGGCUCCUCUCAAUGUGUCCCGAGUGGCCCAGUUGUGCAGGGGAGACCAGGGUGGUGAGAGUUCGUUGUCUGUCUCCAAGUGGAACACCUUCCUGAAAGCCAUGCUGGUGUGCAGUGACGCAGCCACUAACAGGAACUUCAAUCGGCUGCAGGAUGUCUUCCUGCUCCCUGACCCCAGUGGCCAGUGGAGGGACACCAGGGUCUAUGGUGUUUUCUCCAACCCCUGGAACUACUCAGCUGUCUGCGUGUACUCGCUUGGUGACAUUGACAAAGUCUUCCGUACCUCCUCACUCAAGGGCUACCACAUGGGCCUCCCCAACCCUCGACCUGGCAUGUGCCUCCCCAAAAAGCAACCCAUACCCACGGAAACCUUCCAGGUAGCUGAUAGUCACCCAGAGGUGGCACAGAGGGUAGAGCCCAUGGGGCCGCUGAAGACACCAUUGUUCCACUCUAAGUACCAUUACCAGAAAGUGGUCGUCCACCGCAUGCAAGCCAGCAAUGGAGAGACCUUCCAUGUGCUUUACCUAACCACAGACAAGGGCACUGUUCACAAAGUGGUGGAAUCGGGGGACCAGGAACACAGCUUUGUCUUCAACAUCAUGGAGAUCCAGCCUUUCCACCGUGCAGCUGCCAUCCAGGCCAUAUCCCUGGAUGCUGACCGGCGGAAGCUCUAUGUGAGCUCCCAGUGGGAAGUGAGCCAGGUACCCCUGGACAUGUGUGAGGUCUACAGUGGAGGCUGCCAUGGCUGCCUCAUGUCCCGAGAUCCUUACUGCGGCUGGGACCAGGACCACUGCGUGUCUAUCUACAGCGCCCAACGAUCAGUGCUGCAGUCUAUUAAUCCAGCUGAGCCACACAAAGAGUGUCCCAACCCAAAACCAGAUGAGGCCCCAGUGCAGAAGGUUUCCCUGGCCCGGAAUUCUCGAUACUACCUGACCUGCCCCAUGGAGUCCCGCCAUGCCACCUAUUUAUGGCGCCACGAGGAGAAUGUGGAACAGAGCUGUGAGCCAGGCCACCAAAGCCCUAGCUGUAUCCUGUUCAUCGAGAACCUCACAGCCCGUCAGUAUGGCCACUACCGGUGCGAGGCCCAAGAGGGCUCCUACCUCCGUGAGGCUCAGCACUGGGAGCUGCUGCCUGAGGACAGAGCCCUAGCGGAACAGCUAAUGGGUCGUGCCCGCAUCCUGGCCACCUCCUGGCUGGUGGUCCUGCCCACACUCAUACUUGGCCUGCUGGUUCACUAGGGCUUCUAGGAGCUGGGUGCACCCCAGGUCUCUGUAGCCCAGGAGUACUAGAAACAUGUCACACCCAGCCGGCCGGCCCGGGAGCUUCCUGUCCACUGGUUCUUCCAGGGGAACUGAAUAAUCCAGUGGGGGACAAAGGGCCUGGAGAUGUCCAGCCGCAGGCGGCUGCUGGGACCCAGGUGGGGUGGCGACAGUGAGGGACUACAAAAUGAAGGCACCGACUGUGAAGCUGGGCCAUGCCACUAGCGACUCAAGACUGUAUCUUCUCGAGAAUUUUUUUU